AAAAAAAAGCGUUGAUCUCGGUGUGACAGCUCAGAGCUGUCCACGUCAACACACCGAGCGAGCAAGCGAGCACGGCGGCGGCGAUGGACUACGCGUCUGUGGAACCCUCCCUCUACACAGUGAAAGCUGUUUUCAUUCUUGACAAUGAUGGCAACAGACUUCUGUCAAAGUACUACGACCCCGAGCUUUACCCCUCCAUGAAGGAACAGAAGAACUUUGAGAGGAACAUCUUCAACAAGACGCACAAAGCAGACAAUGAGAUAGCUUUCGUGGAGGGGAUGACUGUGGUCUAUAAGAGCAGUAUAGAUCUCUUCUUCUAUGUGGUGGGGAGUGCUCAGGAGAACGAGCUGAUGCUGGUGUCAGUACUGAGCUGCCUGUUUGAGUCCCUCAGUCAGAUCCUCAGGAAAAAUGUGGAGCGGAGAUGUUUACUGGACAACAUGGAAGGAGCGUUCCUGAUUGUGGACGAAAUCAUCGAUGGAGGGGUUAUUCUGGAGAGUGACCCUCAGCAGGUCCUACAGAAGGUCAACUACAGGGCGGAUGAAAACCCAUUGUCCGAACAAAGCGUUGCCCAGGUUCUGCAGUCGGCCAAGGAGCAGAUCAAAUGGUCCAUACUGAAAUGACUCGGACCAGACACAUUUAGGAUUGUCAAGAAAGCUCUAGAGAACAUUUUUAGUCCCAAAGCUAUUCUUUUUUUUUUUUUUUUUUUACAGUAAGCAGCUAAAGGGAAGGUCGUUACAAGCCUGACAGGCUGCUUUAUGUAGCAGUUGACCAGCCAGUAAUAGGAUUAUCUUUCUUGUGUGAUGGCAUUUUGUUACACGGUGUGUGACAUGUUAUUAACUUAUAUGGUGUGGGAGCGAUGUUAGCUCAUAUACUCAUGAAAGUUUGAUGUCUGACAGGCCAAAUGACAUCAGGGAACGGGAGGAGAUGUGGAGAACUUGGGUUGCAAGUUAUCGAGCACCAAGCUAAUUAAUGAAAAUACUGGAAGCCUGAUGAGCGAUCAAUAAUCAAUCACUUUUAUUUUGGUGAAGCAGGAACUUCCUCUCUUUAUUUAACAGAAUUUGACUGCGGGAUUUAUUUCAGCUGUUUUGCAUAUUGCUGAUGUGUACAAUUUUGAAAUGACAGUUUCUGUACAUGAAGAAGAGGUUACAUAAAAUGUUACAUAUGCUAAUUAUUUUUUUCAAUUUUAAGGAUAAUCUGGAAAAUAGGGAUAGGCAGAGAAAUUAAUGUCUACAAAUGCAAGAUAAAAGGCUGAAUAUAGCAUAGAAUAAAAUUAAUAUUUCCUUUAAAGCAUUUCCUUUAAGGUUGGUGUUAAAUUCAAACACACACACACUAACACUGCACUGAAUUUCUUAGUUUAAUAAAGUUUAAUGUUCAAACUGCUCCUUAAAUAACAUACACAUAAAGCUAAUUUAAAAAGAAUGUAAUGACACUAAACAAAUGUUAGCACCAUGUGUGAGAGGGAAAAUGUAACUGUUGCACUAUCUGUUCGACAAAAAACAACAAAUUUUCCUUUAAGUGGAAUUCUCUCAUGAAGUUAAAUUAAUAUUUGUACAUAUAAUUGAUAUUAAAGGGACCUUGAACAUUAUAAAAAAAGAGUAUACUUAAUAAUGUCUAUUUUCUGAGACUUAAAGAUGUUAAUAGAUAUUAAAUAUUUUCUUAGUUGAGUAGAAGAAAAACAUAAGCCAAAGACAUUUUGUUUACAUUUGGAUUUGGUUGAAACAUUUUGUCUGAUGAAGUUUUGUCUUUCCACCAUUUGAGAGACUGAUUAUAAAUGUAUUAGAUAAUAAAAGAAUAACGUAUUCUUUAUGAAUUGUUCUGUUGGUUUAUAUAUAUAUAUAUCUAUAUCUAUAUCUAUAUCUUCAUUUAUUCUUAAUCAAAAACAGUGUAAUAAUUACAAAAGUACAAUUCAUUUGCCCUCUGUGUGCCCAUUAUCCAAUCAGGAUUCAGCUGUAUGACCCUAAUGAAUAUUAAUGAGCUCGGUGUAUGUAGCUGAAUGUGGUGGGUGUGGUCAGGGAUGUUAUUGGUAGAAAUCAGGCAACGUCAGGAGACACAUGCCUGAACUCCCCCAGCCAAUGGUUCGUUCUGGUUUUCCUCCGGGGUGAUGUGAUUGGUUGGCUGCAAAUAAAGAUUAUUAAGGAUCUAUUUAUUCAUUUCAUAUCAUUAAGACCUUCAAAUAAUUAUCAUUAA